UGUGAUUCAGGUUCUGCUUCCGGGGGUUGCGAGUUGUUUUGUUACGCUUCGAGUAGUGCUUUGUAAUUUAGUUUCCUCAUUUCACCCUCUGUUUGCAAACCAUUAAGUUGACUGAAACUUAAUCAGUUCGUUGCUAACGAAGUAACCGCAUGGCGGGUUCGCUGAAAGUUUAAAGGGAAGGCGAUAACGGAGUUAGCUAAUGUGGCUAACGUAAGCUAGCGUUACAGUAUAUCCGCUAACUUCAGAUUGCAGGUACAGCAGAAGUGACAUUAAACACAUGUUUGAAAUAUGGUUGCUACGGAGCUAAUACCAAAUAAACACUCGUUUAAAGAUCACAUUAACGUUACCGUGGAAACGCUGACCCGAGGCUGUCAUUGCGAUAACGUACAGCAGCAUAGAUCAUAAAGGGGCAAACCACCGAGGAUUACCCUUGUGAUGUCUAAACUUGAACGUCUGAAUGCUCGUGUGGCCAAGCUGCUGACUGAAGCGGUGCAGGAGGUCCUCGGGGUGGUGAAGGAGACCGUGUCUGAGUACCAGGAGAAAACUGCCAGAACGCAGAGAGAGAACGAGAGUCUGAGGAGAAGACUGCAGGAGCUCCAGGACAAGAUAACAAGAGAAAGCAUAGUUCUUCUACCCGUAAGUAAUCCAUUACCUGAAGAACAUGAGGGCACACAGAAUCAGGAGCAGGAUUCGGCGCUCGCUUUGAGCUCAGAGCUUCCUCUCGUAGAGCAAAACAUCUGCCACGAACUCGACCGUGACGUGAAGCAGGAAUCGGACGAACAGGAGAACUACAACAACACUGAAUCACAAGCUGAGUGCGACUUGUUUCCAACAACAGAACACUGCCAAGCACAACCAGGGGAGGUGACACACAUUAUUGAGGAGGCUAAGACAGUCCACACGUCACACAGUGCAAACAGGGACAUCGGCGCGGUCUCUUCCAGCAAUGUGAGCACCUCUCACUCCGACUCCUCGCUCAGGGUAAACCUGGCUGAGGUCAAACUAGAGCCAGAGCCGACAUCUCUUCAAGAACAGUAUAGUGGAUGUGUGGAUUUAAGCUGCAACUCUUCUCGUCAAACCUCUGCUGAGACGCCCAGGCCGCAAGUUAGUGCUGAACCUUGUGGACUUGUGUUUGUGCACUCAAAUCACGCCAUACCUAGGAGGCAUGGAUUUGCAAAAAGCAACAGGGCUGCGUUCGACGGGAGGAAAAUCAGGAUGGAGCACUUCAGGAGAGACGACUCGCACUCGUGUGUGGUGUGUGGAAAGACGUUCAGCAGGGUCGGGAACUUGAGGAUCCACCAGCGAUGUCACACAGGAGAGAAGCCGUACGGCUGCGUACAGUGUGGGAGGCGUUUCAGUCAGGCAGGAGACCUAAAAAAACACAAGAGGGUCCACACGGGGGAGAAACCGUACUACUGCAACCAGUGCGGAAAGAGCUUCAGUCGGGGGGAGAAUCUGAAAAGACACCAGAAGAUUCACAUUGGAGAGAUUUUACAGUUACAGCAAGUUUGGAGGGAGCAGCAGUGAUUAUUAUAGACUCAAUGCAAAUCAGCAAACGUUGUGGCGAGUCUGCGGGGGUCAUUUUUGCCCUUAGUUUAAACAAUACUUGCAAGAAACUUUUGCUACAGAACGUAUUUAAAGGCUAGUGUCGUUCAACUCACUGGGCAUUGUUACAAGGAGUUUCUUGCUGUUCUUCGUCUUGUACGUAGCCAGUUGCUACUGACGCUGUCGUUUCGUCUGUCUGAUCAUGAUGGGACAGGCCCGUAGAAGGUCAUCACUGAACCAAAGAAAGCUUUACAGAUAGAGAUGCACUGAUGUAAAGGCAGAGCCAUUUUUAUUAGUACAAAGAGUUUUAUGUGCUCCAUUUUAUUCAGCAGCUCCAGCUGUCAAAAUCAUUUUAUUAAAAUGCAUAACAUUAUCAGUAAUGUGUCAUAAAAUCGAAGGAAAACUUUUAGACAUUUUCUUAUUCAUUAUUGGUGCAUCUCUACCUAACAACGUGAUAUUGACUAAACAGAUUUCUAUCCAGUGAGCCUAAAGAGCAGGUUAAAAUGUCCAGUGUGUAACAUUUAGGAGGAUCUAUUGGCAGAAGUGGAAUUUAACAUUUUAUUAUAUGUUGGUGUAUAAUCACCUGAAAAUAGUAACUGUUUUUGGUACCUUUCAGAGUAUUUUUUACCUAAAGAAGGAGGGGGUCGCUUGUCUGCAAUCUGCAACUACACCGCAAGAUGCCAAUCAAUCCUACACUCUGGACCUUUAAGCGUACUACAGUGUGUUAUAUAAUGUGACACUUCCUUUGGUGAUACAGAAUAAGUGCUCUCAUGUUAAAUAGGUUAAUGCUGAAGACAAUGAUUGAAACUUUUUAAACAUCUAAAAAGCAUGAUUGUCAUUAAAAUUGCCUGAUUUUCUAGACUGAUUGAAGCUUGCUGUAUGCUGGAUAUAUAUUUAUCGCAGAUUUAUUUUGUUAUUUAGGAUAGAAACCAAGAAAAGAGUGUUUGCACAAGAAUAAAUUAAUUUAUCACCACCA